AUGCUUCGAAUCGAGAGUCUUUACUCAAUCAGCCAGCAAUGGCCGUGUCGAGAAGUUCAGACAAGGCAGCUUGCCUGUCUUCUCGGGCGUGGGACACCUGGUCCAUCCACCGUGGUCGUACACGGCAUCUCGGCAACGUGCAAGUCAACGAUCGUUCGCGCCGUUCUCUCCGCCCUCGAUGUGCCACACGCGAUUGUUCGGAGCACUGAGUGCAUCACCGGCCGUCAUCUGCUGACGAAGAUACUGUGGGCGAUGCUGGAGGCACUAGGUCUUAAGGACGAGUGGGAGAAAUUCGGGAAAGGUCGAUGCGAGCACAUCAGCACGCUUGCGGUCUUGCUCGCCGAAUGCCUUGCUUCCGACGCCGGGAGAAAGAAGGACAAGUUUGUGCUAGUGCUGGAUGGCAUUGACAAGCAGCGCGAGGCGCCGCAGACGCUUCUGUCGGCCCUGGCGAGACUUGGCGAGCUGAUCCCGUCCCUAUGCGUGGUCCUCAUCCUCAGUUCCUCUCCACGGCCGCUUUUCCUGCAGUCUGCGGCUGUGCCCCAUAUUAGUUUCCCUCCAUAUACGCGCAAAGAAGCAACAACCAUUAUCCUCAACUCCGCGCCGCCUCCAGUCAUCGGGCUUCCGCAAGAAGCAGCGUCCAAGCUCUACCCGCACUUUGUAUCAGCUGUUUACGACUCCCUCGUCGGCCCAACGGCCAGCUCAAUACCUACAUUCCAGUCCAUAUGCGAGAAUUUAUGGCCGCAGUUUGUUGCCCCCAUCACCAGCGGCGACUCGGCGCCGGGAGGUGCAGAGUGGGAUUUCACCCGUCUCCUGGUCAGAAACCGCUCGCUGUUCCGCCAACAGGGCGAAGCAGCGCUGGUGCAUCACAUCGUCACCGAGGACGUCGCCCCUGGCACCGGCUCUGCCUCGACCCUCAAGGCCUCGAUGGCUACUGCCGUGUCCGCCCCGUCCCCUUUGCCAUCACUCCCCUACUUCCCGACCCUUAUUCUCACAUCCGCAUACCUCGCCUCGCACACUCCCCAACGCCUCGACACGAUCUUCUUCUCGAAAUUCUCCUCCUCCUCCCUCUCCGCGCGCAACAAGCGCGCGCACCACCGACGUCGUCUGAAGGUCCUCUCGCAGGCCCAAGCCGAAGACUACCGCGCCGCGACACAGGGCCCCGCAACCCCCGGCAGAAAGGGCAAGAGAACAAAAACGCGCAUCACGAAAUCCACCCUCGAAUCUGCAUUCGCUACCACCUCCGCCACCACCUCCGCCGGAGGCGCCCCCGGCAUCACGGGGCCGUCGACCAUCCUCACCGCCCGCCCGUUCCCCCUCGAGCGCCUCAUCGCCAUCUACCACGCCAUCGACCCUAACCCGCCCGCCAACCCAAUUCGCACGACAGCGGUGUCGGAUGCGAUUUACGCCGAGCUGGCGACGUUGCGGCGUCUCCGGCUCGUCGUGCCCUCGGCAGGCCGCGACAGUUCGAGCCGUAUGGGCAUGGGAGCGAGUGGCACGAGCAGCGGGAAUACUACCUCUGACGCUGGGGAGAAAUGGUGUGUCAAUGUAUCCGGGGACUGGAUUGGGGAGAUGGCCAAGGGGAUUGGCGUGGAGGUUGGCGAGUGGUUGGCGGGUGGGCUAGAUUGA